AGGGCAGGAGCCAUUUAUAACCUACAUUAAUAUUGGACAAGACAGCCCUUCCCCACACGUACUAAUGCGAAAGUCUACGACUCAUUUCAGAGAUGUGUCUAGACUUCUAAGUACAACUGUAGAUAAUGGGAAAAAUUCUGUGAUACCAACCAGUUGUAAACGAAAAACAUCACUAUGGGAAGCUUUUCCUCAACAAAACUUAUGUUCAACACCCUUCAUACCCCACUUUAAACGAUCGCUUUUGAACUCAAGACACAUGUCUUCCACUUCUUCAGCAGUGCUGGUGGACAAAUCACUCUCCAUGCCCUCAUUAUCGCACACAACCCAUCGCUUACCAGGAUCGUUGUUUAAUAUGGUCGAUCGACUCAGUCUGACAGAUCUAGAUUACGCCAUUCAGUCGCGCAAUGCAGAUAAAGCUUGGGCUAUAUUUGUUACCCUUACUUUACGAAAAGACGAAUUCAUACCCUUAACUGUAUGCUGCUCUUUAUACGCGCUCUUGUUGUUUGCUAAACGUAUGGUCGGUUUUACCAAUAAGGCAACCAAACUUCGACAACGACAAAUUAGUCAGUUAUUGGAUUAUGUUCAACAACACAGCACAAAAGAACUGUUUCUAUCUUCAGUACAAGAAUUGCCCAUCUCGAGCCAUAAACAACUCGCUCGAGCCAUGCGAACUGGGGAUUAUGUAGAUGUCUGGCAAACAUUCUAUCGGUUUCAUAAGGAAAGUAAAAAAGGGGGUAUGGAUCCACUCAAACUACCGAGAAAUACCUGCCUGAAGCUCAUGUUGAUGGUCAUGAAGGACAAGUCUUUAAAUAAGAAUCAAAUCAAGACGCGAUUACAGCUUAUUGCUUUACAUGGUGCAGGGACGUCAGAAUACGAUAGUCGCUAUGUGUCAGCGGCAGACAUAUAUCGAUUGGCUUAUAUUUGUCAUGGAUACCAGCGAAAUAGACAGACAACACAUGGACUGAUUGAUGAAUUUGUGCUUGGGUUGACAAAAAAGAAGCAGAGUAUUAGGGCAGAUGCACUGGAUGAACUCAUUUGGCGUAUGCUUGUUUACGGCGAUAUCGAAAAGGCACAACAAGUACUGAAUACUGUACGAGAUAAAGUAGAUGUCAAUGAAAUGGUGUUUAUUAACAUGAUGAAUGCCUAUCGAAAACAAAAAAAAUACCAUGAAUCUCUAAGGUUAUUUGAACAACUCUUAGAAGCAGGAAAGCAGCCCACGGUCAAAGCAUUCAAUGCCGUCUUGCAGAUAUUCACAGCACAAGGAUCAGUAGACCGUGCGUCCUAUAUCUUUGAGUCUAUGCUACAGUUGAAUGUGGAGCCAGAUGCAGCAACGUACACUGAAAUGAUCAGAAUAAACGCAAAUGCAGGACACAUGAAGCAUUGUGUACACUACUAUACUAAAAUGCUUCAAAGCAACAUUCCGCCUAAUGUCUACACUUAUAGCACAUUGAUAGAAGGAGCAUGUCGAAAAAAUGAUACAAGACUUAUCCUUCGAUGGCUCCAUGCCAUGUCAGCACAGGACAUUCAGCCGAAUGAAGUGAUCAUGUCCAGUGUUCUAAAGUCAUUUGCAAAACAACAUAUGCCAGAAGUUGUGUUUGAAGUGGCUCAACAGGCUGCCAUGACAGGGAUCAAAACGGAUGCAGUUCUCUAUACCAUCCUGCUGAAAAUGCAGGCAGAAUCGACAGGCAUUGAAGGCGCCCUCAAGAUCCAUCAAGAUAUGCUGGCCGAGUCAGUGGAACCCAAUACGUUUACCUACACAACCCUGAUUGAUAUUUGUGGGAAGAAUUACAUGCCUGAGACUGCAGAAAAGAUUUUUGAUCUGAUGAAAAGAAGCAGGCGACACAAGCCUAAUACGGUGACUUAUAGUGUAUUGAUUGAUGCAUGGCUAAAGGCGCAUAGAAGAGAAAAGGCUGAGUCCGUGCUGUAUGAUUUCUUGAGACAAUGCAAAUCUGACAAGACUGGUAGAUUUUGGCUUGAUUCAAGAAUACAAGAUAGAUUAAGGUCAAGAUGUUGCUCAUGAAUAUAAUAUAGAAUGUCUGUACAUAUAAUAAAGCUAUAGAAGAAGAAGAGAGAAACCA